CAAAAGCACCGGAGGAAAACUGGCGCAUAAAUAUUAUGUCUUUAGCAUUGGAUGGUAGCAAUUUACUCUUCUUGCUGAUAUAUAAAUGCUCACAGACACACACACACACAUUUUUUUAGGAAAUGGUAACUUGGUGAAGUGUCUGGUAAAAUGGUUAUCUGAGAAAAUUGUAAAGGAUCUGUGUCCUCAGGAGUCAGGACUCUUAAGAAUUAACCUGAGGUAUGUGCUAGUGAUACUCUCACAAAGACUUAAUUGGCAUACAAAUCAUAUCCUUCCAGAAAUAGGGCAUCGCCUAUGCACCAUAAAAGGCUAAUGUGGAUUUAAAAUCCUCAGGGACUGGCUAGCAUAGCUCCUUCAAUAAUCUUCAAGGCCACUUUACUUUCUCACUUGGGGUACAGCUUGGUGAGUUUAAGAACACCUUGGUCAACCAUCGCACCCUCUCCCAGACAAAAUGGCAACCGCACUGACUCCAGAGCAGAUUACUGAGUAUAAGGGCGUGUUUGAGAUGUUUGACGAGGAGGGGAAUGGAGACGUGAAGACAGCCGAGCUGGAGAGGUUGAUGAGCCUGUUGGGGAUAAACCCCACCAAGAGAGAACUGGUUCAGAUGGCGAAGGAUGUGGACAAAGACGGCAAAGGAACCUUUAACCGUGAACGUUUCCUGGGUCUGAUGGCUCUGUAUCACGAGCGAGCGAAGAACCAGGAUGCCGAACUGCGUGCAGCAUUCAAGGUUUUCGACAAGGAGGCAAAAGGCUACAUUGACUGGGACACCCUCAAGUAUGUGCUGAUGAACGCAGGGGAGCCCCUGAAUGCCGAAGAGGCAGAGCAGAUGAUGAAAGAGGCCGAUAAGGAUGGAGACGGAACCAUCGAUUACGAAGAAUUCGUGGCCAUGAUGACUGGAGACUCCUUCAAGAUGACCUAAAACCAGGCCAGAGACACCGUUUCCACAGGGCAUGGCAACUGUGAAUUUCUAUGUUUUUUUUUUUUUGUUUGUUUGUUUGUUUUUGGACAGCUUGCUUUUAUUUAAAAGUUGGUGCACUGGUGAAGAAAUGAAGGGGCCAAUUGUUCUCCUUGCAGUGUUCACAUUGCGCAUUUGCCUCCGAGCUGCUCAGGCGCUCAAAGUCAACAUGAUCUGGAAUGUGAUGAGGAAAACAGCCAGCCCUAUUGAAGAAUUUUUUUAACAAAUUGCACAAACUGCAUUGUCUUAGGUGUUAUUCUGAAAUGUUUCGUCUGUAAUAAAUCCUAUAUCUUUA